AUGAAAGGUGAACAUGGAUAUGAUGGAUAUGAUCGUCUUGUGAAAUUCCUUCAGGCUAGUAGCUUAAGAAAAUCAGUCAAUCAUGUGAAUGAGGAACUGAACAACGAGUAUUCGCCAGUUUACAUUGGCCCCCAAGAUGGUCUGAAGGCAGCUGACAAGAUCACAGCGUUGCCAGGCGAACCAAAGGGCGUGAAUUUUGAUCAAUAUUCAGGGUAUGUAACUGUUGAUCCAAAGGCCGGUCGAUCUCUCUUCUACUAUUUUGCCGAGUCUCAAAAUUCAUCUACCAAACCCCUUGUGCUCUGGCUAAAUGGAGGACCUGGUGCCUCUUCAUUUGGGAUUGGAGCGAUGACUGAACUCGGACCAUUUCAAGUUAGCAAAGGCGGAAAAACGCUGUGGGAAAACCCGUGUGCCUGGAACAAUGGUAAGAACUCAUACUUUUCUCCUGCCGGCGUUGGAUUUUCCUACUCAAACACAUCGUCAGAUUACAUUACCGGAGACACAAAAACUGCUGCAGAUUCUUACACAAUUCUAGUCAAUUGGUUAGAAAGAUUCCCAGAAUACAAAACCAGAGACUUUUUUAUAACCGGAGAAAGUUACGCCGGUCGUUACGUGCCUCAACUUGCUCAACUAAUCCUCCAUAACAACAAGAUAACUAACCAAACUGUUAUUAACUUGAAAGGAAUUGCUGAAUCAUCAAUUACUGAUAUUGAAACACAAAACUGGGCGACUUAUGAUUAUUACCGGACACAUGCCCUAAUAUCCGAUGAAAUCCAUCAGGGCAUAGUUUCCAGUUGCAAUUUUUCCUCAGCAGAUGCUUGUCAAACAUACAAGAGCCAAGCACAUUCAGCUAAAGGCCAUGUCGACGAUAACGAUAUCUAUGCUCCCUUGUGUUCUUCUUCUUCUAAUACUCCUCCUUCGAUAAAUGACUAUGAUCCAUGCUCGGAUAAUUAUGUUUACACUUACCUAAAUACUCCUGCUGUGCAAAAAUCACUUCAUGCUAAUACCACCAGAAUACCUGGACCUUGGAAAAACUACAAUGGCUACAUAGGCCAUAAUUGGGAUGACGAGACAGACACAGUGUUACCUGUAAUCAAGGAGCUCACUUCAAGUGGCGUUAGCGUUUGGCUGUACAGUGGGGACAUAGAUAGUGUUUGUUUUGUGACAACAACUAGAUAUGCCUUGAACAAACUCAGGCUCUCCGUGAAAACUCCUUGGUAUGCUUGGUACACUCAAGGCGAGGUUGAUGGUUAUGCAGUGGAAUAUGAAAACUUAACCUUUGUUAUAGUAAGGGGAGCUGGACAUCUUGUUCCCAGUUAUCAGCCUGCCCGGGCAUUAACAUUGUUCUCAUCGUUCUUGGUUGGAAAGCUUCCACCUUCCAACUAG